AUGUCUUCUCUUCCUCCCGAAUUCUGGAAUUUACCAUUGGCAAACAAUUCGCUGACUGUUGAUGAUAAAGUGACGACUAUUGUCGAAACGACUCAAUUUGUACUUUUCUGCACGACUUUUACUAUUUAUGUGGUCAUUGUUUGGGCACUGAUUGAGGCUCAAAACCGGCGAGUUGAAGAGUUGACUUCUCCGUUUUUCAAAUUAUGUCUAUCGACGGCCGGAGUGGAUAUUUGUGAGUUCAAUAGACUAUUAUCAAUUUUUGGACCUGAUUUUUUUGUUUCAGGGACCCUACUAACCAACUAUUUCGGUGCCAUGUUCCCAAAGUGGGGCUGGUUUGCGUCAGUUUAUCUGUUCCUCGGCAAUCCUUAUGGCCAUCUCUACUUGUAUUUUGCUUGGAGCACUGGUGAGCGAGCUUUUCUGACAUUUUGUGGUAUCAUCGAAACAAACAACGCCAACAUUUCAAUGAAGUUUUUUGGGUUUCCAUAAACAGUGCUCAUGAAGAAGAAAGAGUCGGCUUACUUUUGGUGCCUUGACGCACUUCAUGUGUUAAUCUGACAGAACAUUAGACCUUUGCUUUUGCUCCAGCAACUCCUUGACGCAUUUUCAAAAACCGUUAUUCUUACAGGAAUAUGUCAAGCCAUGGGAGUAUCGGUUCUUGCGUCGAAUCGCCUAUCAGUGAUGCUAUUCCCGACCAGUUUUCAUAAAGUCAGUUUGACUUUUGUAUCUUGGUCAAUGCUAUGCAUUUGUGUCAGAUUUGGCAAGGUUAUCGUCUCUGGAUAGCAAUAGGAAUCCAAUAUUUUUCUGGGCUCCUCAUCGGAAGCGCCACUUUUUUCAACGAAGUUCAACUGUAUCGAAACCGGAAAAAUGGCAUUGUGCCCAAGUUUUUGAAGUGAAAAUAGAGUUUGGAUAUUAUCGAAUUACAAAAUGAAUUUUAGUAAAACUAUGACCAACGCGUUCUUUGCCAUAGGAGGUGUAUUUUUACUGCUCAAUUGUGUCUACCUGGCGCUCACCUAUUUCUACUUGUUCUGGGUGUUGCACAAACGACACAAACAGUUUGUGAGUCAGAUUACUGUAGAAUACAGAAGAUCAACACUACUUUUUUGUCUCCAGAAUCCUCAAACCAACCCGACAAUCAUGUCAAGAACGAAAGAACGCGCUAAAAUGAGAGAAGCCCGAUUGUUUACAAUGAGCACUAUAAUUGUGGGCGUUCAGCUUGUUGUGCUCUUGCUCUUCAUCUUCAAAGGUGCCGACAUUUUGGCGUUCACCACUGAUCAAUUCUAUUUGGUUUACAAUGCUAUUAGGUAAGUCUGAAAAAACAGUUUUCUCCCGGGCCGGGAACUGAACCCGGGUCUCGCAUGUGACACACAGGCAAACUGGCGUGGGUGAAAGCAAUAGGGUCAAUAAGAGAGAGAGAGAGAGAGUUGACUUCUUGCAUAGCAAUAGGGUCAAAAAUAGAGAGUCUUUUCAAACUCGGCCCGAGGUCUUUCAAUUUGCACUGCAAAAAGAGUUUCUCAACAGAGCGCCAUUUCUGUGAGGUGCCCCUAUAAAACCACACGAGGACGCGGCGAAUUGUGGCCCCCGAGGGCGUAAACAAACUCUUAACACACACACACACACUAAGCAUUUUUCAGUGACUUGUAUGCCAGCAUAAACCCUUAUUUACUAUGGCUGUUCUCGGAUUCUCUGCGCAAAUACAUUCUAGACCGAUUUGGAAUUUUGAAGAAAAAGAGGAAGAUGGCAUCGAUCAAUUCGAUAACAUUUGUUAUUUGA